GUUAAGUCUUUCCUCUUACUUUCACUAUGGCCGCCAUUGCUUCUCAAGUCGUUCUCCAUCCGACCGUUUCCCAGGGUCUGAGAUAUGGGGGGACCACACUCGGAAGAGACAAGGCGUAUCGAGCAAUCCAAUACUUCGCUAGAUUCUAUGCCUGGUUUCUGCUUAGAAAGGGUGAUAAGGAAGCAGCCGCUCGCUGGAACGCGCUUAAAACCCAUUUAGCUACCGCUAGAAAGUUAUUACGAUUGGGCAAACCAUUUGAGCAUCUCCAAGCUGGAUUAAAAGCGGCCUUGGUUUCGGGUCCAGCUGGCGAGCAGAUUACUACUAUUGGCAAACAGAUAGCAUAUUUUGCAUAUCUGAGUUUCGAUGCUUUGGUUUGGGUCAAUGCAGUCAAAUUCUACUCAUUCUCGACGGAAACAAGUAACAAGAUUUCCAAACUAUCCAAUCGAUUCUGGUUGGCAGGGAUCCUCCUUAGCAUUGUCAAUGGAGCGUUAAAGAGUGUACGUCUUGCCAAGGAGGAGCGAAGGUCUAAGCGUUCUAAGGCCUUGGGCGGCGAAAAGGAUGUCGGUCAGGAAGCAGAACAAGAAAUGAGGCUGAGCACCAUUAUCGCUUCUCGAGAUGCAACGCGUUACCAGCUGGUUAUUGAUUCGCUGGACCUAUGGAUCCCAGCAACAGCCCUAGGGAUUUCAAGCAUGAACGACGGCGUCCUUGGUAUCUUUGGUCUGAUUACAUCGGUGAUGGCAGGUCAUAAGCAGUGGCAAUCUGUUAACGGUAAAAAGUGAACACAUUUAAAAAAUCGUGUAACGGUCAUGAAAUAUAUAAAACCGUUAUUGUAAUUUAGUCCCGCCAUCCUGAAAAUCGUUAACUUUCGUUUCCCUUUGUUGAUAGCGAAGCUUGAGAUACUCUGUCCGAACUACUUCCAUUGGUUCCGGACCAGUAUAUUUCACCAUACACGCUUCAACCAAUUUGAGCUUAUCCUUGCAAGCCCAAGCCACUGAAAUUAAACGGCCAGACAUGCAAUCCGCGAAGUCCUUAACGAAGGGAUCGCAUUCCUUCAAAGCUUGUGCCUUCACUGUUUUGAGUAGAGUUUCCUCCUCCCUUCUGGAGAGAGCAUUCAUUGCAAGGCAGGACCUGGUACAGAAGAGAGUAACGGUUGUCCG